CUUGCAUCGUGGCGUGCGAGCGAGCAGCACGUGUGCUUGGAAGGCAAGUCUGAGGGGCGUGACUCAAAAUCUGCAUUCCACUGCGAGGUUUCUGUUAUCAUCAUGCCCAACUUCAGCGACCAUGAGAUGCUUGCGAUCAAGAUCACCGAACGUACGAUGUCCACUCUGUCCAUCAUAGGCUCAAUAUUCAUCAUAACGACGUUUUUGAAGUGGCAUUACUUCAGGAAACCUAUCAACAGACUUGUCUUCUAUGCUUCUUUCGGGAACUUGACUGUGAACGCUGCGACUUUUAUGGGAACUUCUGCUAUUCCUUCAAAUUCGCGACAUCUGACGCCGGUCUGCGAAUUCCAGGGGAUUCUGAUACAAUGGUGGCACAGGUUUAUGGCUGCGGAUAGUUUGUGGGUGUUCAGCAUGGCUCUCAACGUUCAGUUAGUCUUCUUUCGUGGAUACACAUCAGCGAAGCUACGGCAUCUGGAGAAGUGGUAUUUCAUCAGUGCAUAUGGGAUCCCCGGCAUAACAGCGAUAGUCUAUAUAUUCAUGGACCACCUCUCCAAUACGAGAACAAUCGGCCCUGCUACACUUUGGUGCUGGGUUUCUGCAGAUGUAGAUUGGAUGCGGAUCGCUUUUUUCUACGCGCCAAUCUGGUUCGUCAUCAUCUGUACGCUCGGAAUCUAUAUGGUGACCGGGUUGAAGAUAUUUCGAAAAGGCUCGGAGUUACACUCCCUCUCGAAAAGAGUGGCAGCUGACCGGGCGCCUGAGAAUAUCUUGCAGAGUCAGCCUACGUCCACCGAUCUUACAAUCAAGGUUGAAACCACAAUGGAAACACACUUCGAGUCGCAUGAUCUGCAGGAAGUAGCUGCUCCGACUUCACGAUGCGGAUCGCAUAGCUCCUUUGGCAGUACGAGACAACUAUCAGGACCCAGCCUGUCUACCGCCAUCGAACCCCCUUCCGCUGCCGCACACUCGGAGUGUUUUGCAGGCUCAAGCCGAGACAUCGAGGCACAAAGCGGCUACCGCGCUACAGCAUUUGCUACCGACCGCCUAGACACAGACAUCGACCCAUCGCGCUCCAUGUCCAUCACCAACAGCGCCAUCAAGCGCCCUCACAACCGCGUAAAAGCCAGCGGAGCAGCAUGGGGCUACUUCAAAGUCGCUCUCCUCAUGUUCCUCGCCCUCGUCUGCGUAUGGGUCCCAUCAACAGUCAACCGACUCCAACAAUUCAUCGACAAAGAAAAGAACCCCAAGUUCAGUCUGAACCUCGCGUCGGCUUUGGUGCUCCCUUUGCAAGGGUUCUGGAACUCGAUGAUAUAUAUCUCGACGACGUGGCCGGAGUGCAAGCGCGCAACUGCAGAGAUCUUGGAGGUAUUUGCCGGUUAUAGACGGAAUGGAUGGACGGUGGAUUGUUCGCGAGGGGAAUGUAGGGGGGAGCCGCUUGAGUUUGGCGCAGAGAUCCCACUGGGUGAUAUGGGGAACACUAAAUCACCCCGCCCGCACCGAAGUCGUGAUACCACCAAGGACAGAGAUCUGUUGGCCGUGAAUGUCGCUCCACCUACAUAA